AUGGUGGUGUAUCCUCGUAAUGGUCGAGCAGAGGAUUUGGUUCGAUUUGAAAUCCGCUUCCUUUUGAUGAAGGUACUUAACUUUUGUGCCAGCGUCAUCUCUCUCGUUUUGUUGCUCUGGGCCGUUUGUGAAAAUUACUUGACGGCUCGUGUUCGCUUUUACGAACUUUUUGACGCAAUUGGUUUUUUGAGCCUUUUGGCGACACUUUUGUGCAUCAACGAUGUUUUGGGUGAUUGCAAAGAUCUCUAUAUAGAAGCCAAGAAGAUCUCGGCAUCCGUUUCUGUAAAGCUGAUUUUUGUUGUUUUUCUUGAGAUACGCUACUUGAAGGCUAAAGUUGACGAUUGCGUGCAAAUAAGAGGAUUUGGCAAUCCAUGCAAUGACAAAGUUGAUGCCGUGAUGGAGUCUUUGACACCCGGAUCUCCUUCAUCUCCGUUUACCUGCAAAGCUCCGCCGCCUCAUGAUUUCGUCACUGCGCCGCCACCAGUCCGUUCAGCGACUUCGGCACCAGAUGCCGACAAGCAACAGCUGCGACGGGAGGUGAAUCGCGCCAGCGACAUUCGAGCUCUUCUUUGUUCUCCUUUGAAACAUCUUUGUUACUACGUCGAGACGAUCAACGUUCAGGAUGCGUUCAUCAUUGCUACAAGACGACUUGCUUGGGAUUUCAGAAGCGAUGAUUUCUUCAUUGUUACGACCAUCGUCAUGUCGCAUUCUCUUUUUUGCUGCGUUGGUUCUUGUCGAGAUGACACACACCCAAAGGGAAUACAAAAUCUGCCGUCUACAGCAGGACAUGGAGGACAAAACUGUUCUCUCAUCGCUAGUUUGGAAUUGUUACGCUCUUUCCGUGACAAGUUCGAUGGAAACCAUGAAGCUGUUAAAUGCAUGAAGAAAAUUUGGGAUGUCCCACGAACGGAGGAUGGACAAAAGAAAGCGGGAAAGCUUGUAAACGACUUGCGCGAAAAGCUGGGCUAUGCUUCCGAUGAGCCUCUCCGAAACGAGUCCGCUUUUCAACGGCUCACGAAUCAUAUGUCAAAUCAGGACGAAGUAUUUGGAGAUGAAAAAACGUACAAAAUCGUAAGGGGCAGCUUGUUGGGUCGGACUGAUUUUUGUGAUAAUAAAGGCUUUGACUUUAAACCACAAGUGUAUCUCGACCAGAAUGAAGGAUACAAAAUCAUUGGCUGGAUUCAAGGGGUGAACAGUAAGGAAUUUGAGGCAGCACGCCUAUGUUUCGAGCAAGAUCCUCAAGAAAGUCCUAAUCCGUUCGAAGCUCAUGUUACAACGACUAACCAUUCCGUAGCUGUUGUGCGAAUUGAGGAUGGAGAAUAUAGAGGGAUCAGUGACGACAAAAUCGUGCCUUUGAGAGAGCUCCCAAAUACUGUGCCGAGACUCGAUGUUUUCCCAAAGUCUGUUCGUUGUGAUCUUCCUCAAAAAUCAUUUUGCAGACGCCGACGAAGUUUGGGUGAUUGCAAAGAUCUCUAUAUAGAAGUGAUGUUUCACGACGAAGAAAUUGCAAAAGAAGAUAUUGGCAUCUAUAUGGUCUUAUUUCUGGCUCUACACUGUUUUUGCCGCUCUCAUCCUAUGGAGGCCAAUCCAUGCAAUGACAAAGUUGAUGCCGUGAUGGAGUCUUUGACACCCGAAUCUCCUUCAUCUCCGUUUACCUACAAAGCUCCGCCGCCUCAUGAUUUCGUCACUGCGCCGCCACCAGUCCGUUCAGCGACUUCGGCACCGGAUGCCGACAAGCAACAGCUGCGACUGGAGGUUAUGCUGUCGGUGCUUUUAUCUUUUGCUCUACUUGGCUUGCUUCAAACCGUGUAUGCCCUCAUGCUGAGUUAUGAAUUGUUGAAUUGUGCGGUUGUUGUUCUGGGUGUUCUAGUGGUCUACACCGCUUUAGCUUCUUUGUUCCUAUGGUUUUUCUGGACCAAUGGCAGUUUCCUAAAAGCUAAAGCCGAUUUCAAGCAAAUGAGA